AGUGAGAGCGGUGUAAUACGCAGUCCUCUCUGCAGGGGCAGUGGAGAUGACAGUGGAGCAGGGAGGCUGAGCCGCAGACUGUCCCGUCUGAGCGGCAGGCAUCAGGCCAGGGAACCGCCCAGACCUCCGGCUCAGCCAGAGAGACCUCCUGGGCCACCGUUUCCCCAAGACGACAGACCUCCACCUCCUCUUCCUGCUGUUCCUCCUCCACCACGUCCUGCGCCUGCUCCUGUCUUCCCAUCCGUGAACGUCACACCAAAAUGUCCCGACAAGGCCACAAAGCCCAAACUUCCGCCCCGGCCAAUGUUCAGGGUGUUUAGUAGCACCGACCACGGAGCAUCUGUUCUACAGGGUUUUCAUCAGUUUCGUGAAGAUGAAACUCUUUGCGAUGUGGUCCUUAUUCCAGAGGACGGCAAGGAAAAGUUCCCCGUCCACAGAGUCAUCAUGGCUUCAUCUAGUGAUUAUUUCAAGGCAAUGUUCACAGGGGGCAUGAGAGAGCAGGAGAUGAAGGAGAUCAAGCUGCAUGGUGUCACUAAGCUGGGUUUAAAGAACAUCAUAGACUUCAUUUACACAUCCAAGGUCAGCCUGGACAUGGGGAACCUCCAGGAGACACUGGAGGCUGCAAACUUCCUGCAGGUCAUGCCCGUGCUGAGGUUCUGUAACCAGCUUCUGAGCAAGGAGAUCACCAUUGACAACUGUGUGGAAAUCGAACACAUCGCUACCGACCUGCACCUGGAGGAUGUCCAGCUAAAUAUUGGGGAGUUCGUGAGCCAGAACCUGUCUGAAAUGGUGCAGAGCGACCGUUUCCUCCAUCUCUCUGAGACCAGCAUGGCCAGCGCGCUGGCCAGCGACUCCCUCGAAGGUUUCACCGAACUCGAGCUCUACCACAUCGCCAGACGUUGGCUGGACCACGAACCCUCGACACGUCACUCCUCCAUCUACAAUUUGAUGCGCCACAUCCGUUUCCCACUGAUGAGCCCCGGCGAGCUGAUCCAGAUCUCCCAGGACGACGAGGAAGGAGGCAACUCCAUGAUGCGGUCUGACGCGGCCUGCGUCAACCUCCUGCUGGAGGCCAGCAACUACCAGAUGAUGCCGUUCAUGCAGCCGGCCCUGCAAACGGAGCGAACCAAGAUACGUUCGGACUCCACCCACAUCCUUGCGCUGGGCGGUGUUAUGCGACAGCAGCUGGUGGUGAGUCGGGAGCUCCGGCUCUACGAUGAAAAGACGGGACACUGGAGGGCCUUAAAGCCCAUGGAGGUACCACGCUACCAACAUGGGGUUGCUCUGCUGGGCGGCUUCCUCUUCAUAGUUGGAGGCCAGAGCACAUAUGACACCAAAGGUAAGACAGCCAUAGACAGCGCCUACCGCUACGAUCCGCGCUUCGAUAAGUGGCUUCAGAUCGCAUCGCUCAACGAGAAGAGGACUUUCUUUCACCUCAGCGCUUUGAAGGGAAAACUGUUCGCAGUUGGAGGACGGAACGCUUCGGGAGAGAUUGACACGGUGGAGUGCUACAACCUGAAAAAGAACGAGUGGACGUUCGUGACUUGUAUGACGGAGCCUCACUAUGGACAUGCUGGAACAGUUCACGGAGAGCUCAUGUACAUCUCAGGUGGUAUCACACGUGACACCUUCCAGAAUGAGCUGUGGUGUUACGAUCCUACGGCCGACGCGUGGAGCCGACGUUCCGACAUGAUGGAGCUCCGUGGUCUACACUGCAUGUGCACCGUGGGAGACAGACUCUACGUCAUGGGCGGUAAUCACUUCAAGGGCAGCAGCGACUACGACGACGUCCUGAGCUGCGAGUACUACAACCCCCAGACGGACCAGUGGAGCCUGGUGGCCCCCAUGCCCCGGGGCCAGAGCGACGUUGGGGUUACGGUGUUCGAUGGGCAGAUCUUCGUGGUGGGAGGGUAUUCCUGGAACAGCAGGUGUAUGGUGGACGUUGUGCAGCGAUAUGACCCAGAGAGGGACGUAUGGGACAGAGUGUUCAACGUGCUGGAGCCCCUGGGUGGGAUUCGAGCCUGUACCAUGACGGUGCACCUGCCGGAGGGUUCGGUGGAUGAGGCUCAGAUACAAGAUUGUCCGCUGCCUACAGGGAAGGAAUGAGAUCUACUGGAGAUGGGAACAAAUGAGAGCUCCAGGCGUCAUCAAAUAUUCAUUAUCCAUAAAUAUUCUUUACAUUACAGGCUUAGCUGAAACUGAAGAUAAAAAAAGUCCACAUAGGCUUUCAAGGCAAACUCAAGCUACACCUUUGUUUUUCCCCUCUAGGAUUGUAGUGUUGAAAAAAAAAAGGGGUGGCUUAGUGGUUAAGGAAGCGGACUUGGGUCCAAAAGAUUUCAGUUUUGAAUCCACCAACUGCGAAGUUACCACUGAGAGCCCCAGGCACUCAAAAAGCUGUUCACUGUUCACUUUGGUGAUGGGUUAAAAGCAGAGGUCACAUUUGGUUGUGACCUUUGCUGUGCUGUGUCACAAUGACAAGUAGUUCACUUCACCUUCCUUUCCUUUCCUUGAAAUAAAGUAGCUAAAAAAAAAAAUAUUAGUAUCACAAUGUUCAGAAAUAGUAGCCAAAUAAAUUAUACGACUUCAUAAAAUUCACUUUGAAACAUUUGGUUUUAAUUCGACAACACCAUAUUAUAUUCUGAGAUUUUGUGUAUAAAUAAGAGAAAAGUGAUCAAAGUUUUAAAAAAAAAGUGUUAUUAAAAAUAAAAAUUAAAGUAACAACAGCUAAGGCCUUGUAGUCAAGCCUGUAUUUCCUGCUCUGUACAUGAACGCCUCGAGUAUAAAAGUCUACUGUUUAACUAUUUAUGUAAAACCCAAAGAAAAACAAUGUACUAAUAUAUAUGAAAUAUACUGGAACUUGUAAGCAAAACUGCAGUUUUUAUGAGACUUAAAUAAAAAAAAAUUGCAAAACA